AAAACAACCCACAGUCCCUUCUGAGAAGAUACGGCAUGAACUCUAGAAAAACUCAACUUCCGGAAAAGCAGAGGCUUUUUUUGGUAGGAGGUCUCUAAUUAGGUGUCCUUCGCAAUACACAUUCUUAUAAUCGCGUUUUAAUUCUGUUCAUUCGACUCUGCGCGCGCAGUAACGUGACAUAGGUAGGAACAUCAUUUUAACAUGUUCUGUAAAUGUGCAGCGCGAGCUUCAAGGGCGCUGCGGCCUACGCAUCCUCGGUGUGGAGUGUUGACGCUGCCCGCUCUAAGCGACACUGUGUCGGCCAGCGGAACGUCCUGGUCACAUUGGACAUAUAAACGGGAAUCAAGUAACUCUGCCUGGAGUUCCAAGGUUCCUCAGAUACCCACAUGGGAGCCCGUAGCUGAAAAUCAACUUCCACCGCCAACAAGAGUCUCGCCAGAUUUAGUGGACAAGUUGGAGAGAUUAGCCCUUGUUGACUUUGGCAGUAAAGAAGGGGUGGACUGUCUGGAAAAAGCCAUUCGUUUUGCUGAUCAACUUCAUGUCAUUAAUACUGAUGGUGUGGAGCCGAUGGAUUCAGUUCUAGAGGACAGAGAACUGUAUUUGAGAGAUGAUACAAUAACAGAGGGUGAAUGUGCGGAGGAGCUGCUCCAGCUGGCCAAACACACAGUAGAGGAGUACUUUGUUGCACCUCCAGGUAAAAAACUGAACUAAACUGU